AUGGUCAUAGAGGCUGUAAUAGAGAAUGUGUCUCUGAAGCAGCAAAUAUUUUUGAAAAAUAUACUUGCAAGUAAUACAUCCACUAUUGAUCUGAAUCUUAUUGGGGAGAAGACCAAGUCUCAGGAUCGUAUCAUUGGCGCCCAUUUUUUCAGUCCAGCACAUGUGUUGCCACUUUUGGAAAUUGCCACUGCCUCAAGCAAUUGUAGACUUACUGGAUGUUGGGAAGAAGAUAAAGAAGACGCCAGUGGAAAUUGCACUUGUUUUGCUGUCAACGGAAUGGCAACUACGAAAUUCGGAAUGCCUAUGGGUCCAUUCAGAGUGUGUGACCUUGUGGGUUUUGGUGUUGCAAUUGCUACUGGCCGUCAAUUUGUUUUGAAUUUCCCGAAGAGAACUUACAAAUCAAUGUGGAUUAGAGGGGCACUCGAUAGUGAAACUGCUAACAGAGGGUUCUAUGUUUAUGAUGAAAAACGCAGAGCCAACCCAGAUCCAGAAAUAAAGAAGUACAAUGAGAAGGCAAGGGAGAUUGCCGGUGUCACCAUUGACUCCUAUGAGUUGACGAAAUUAUCCGACAAGGAUAUUGUGGAGAUGAUAUUCUUUCCCGCGGUGAAUGAGGCUUGUCGAGUGCUCGAUGAAGGUAUUGCAGUCAAAGUUGUCGAUCUGAACAUAUCUGCUGUUAUGCACAUGGGAUUUCCUCCUUACAGGGGAGGGAUCAUGUUUUGGGCUGAUACUCUUGGAUCUAAAUACAUUUGUUCGAGAUUGAAGGAGUGGUCGAAUUUGUAUGGAGGAUUCUUCAAGCCCUGA